GAACGAUAAUGAUAGAGACAGUCCAGACUAAUGAAAGUCAUGCAGGAGUCCCUCCAGUUUAGCAGCGAGGUUUUAGGGUGUGAUAUUACCUUUUAGGAAGCACGUAUCAGAAGAGGACACGGUGACGCCUUUCUCUGGAAAGACAUUAUCUGCGGUUGGACAUGGCUUUUACCGAGAGAGCAUAAAGUUAUGUACUGUACGUUAAGUUAGCUCGCUGGCUAGCCCAACACUGCUAGCUAGCUGCUACGAAGAAACCGGCGAUGAUUGACAGCGGUUUCUAUGGAUACACAUCUAUUAAUGUGGGAUUUUAGAGAACUGACAAACACAGGUUCGUCUUUGAAAAGCUUCAAACGUCCUACCGGCUGUCAUGGACAACGUGAAAACACGCAGCAAUGAUGAGGAUGAAGAGCUGUACUCCACAGAUCCAGAGAGUAAAGAGAAGAGCAAAGAUAAAAAGACACUGUGCAAAGUAAAGUGGUCACGAGAUGAGGAUGAAAAGCUGAAAAAGCUAGUUGAGCAGCAUGGAACUGACUCCUGGAAAUUAAUUGCUAACUUUUUCACAGGGAGGACAGAUGGUCAGUGUCAGCACCGCUGGCAGAAGGUGCUCAACCCAGAGCUCGUGAAAGGUCCCUGGACAAAAGAGGAGGAUCAGAAGGUUAUUGACCUGGUGCACAAGUAUGGUCCCAAGCGCUGGUCAGUUAUCGCAAAGCACCUCCAGGGAAGGAUUGGAAAGCAGUGUCGUGAACGGUGGCACAACCACCUCAAUCCAGAGGUGAAGAAGUCUUCAUGGACUCAGGAGGAAGAUCGAAUCAUCUAUGAAGCCCACAAACGGCUUGGCAACCGCUGGGCAGAGAUCUCCAAGCUUCUUCCUGGACGGACAGACAACUCCAUCAAGAACCACUGGAAUUCCACCAUGAGGAGAAAGGUGGAGCACGAGGGGUACCUGCAAGAUGGCUGCAAGAGUUUCACUUCCUCUGCAGGUGGGAAGAGACGCCAUAACAGACUGUGUCCUCCAACUCCAACAGAACCACAGCACUGUGACCGCAGUCCUCUUCCUAUGACAGGACCCAACCAGAUGGCUGGUUAUCCAUAUGAUGCUCACAAUGGACACAUGAUGGACAGUCUUCCUGAAAAUUCAGGGUUCAUAUCACCAUCCUGCCUGGUUGAUCCUGACAGAGAGCAAAGAAUUAAGGAGCUUGAGCUGCUGCUUAUGUCAGCAGAGAAUGAAGUCCAACGACAAAUGCAGUGCAGAGGUUCAUGUAGUUUGGAACCGUACUCAGCCUGGUCAGACAGUGUGUCAGAUGACACUCAGACCACAAGUAGCAGCAGCCUGGAGGAGCCAGUGGAGAGAAGACCCUGGAGGGGCCCUGAGAUCCCACAGGGGCCUCCAUCACAGCUUCCUGUCUCCCCCAGCAAGUUCCUGGCUGUAGAGGCCAACACUGUGCUCUCCACCCUGCAGACCAUACCAGAGUUUGCAGAGACCAUGGAGCUCAUUGAUUCAAUGUGUUUUGCUCUGCAGGACCCUGUUGCAUGGAGCGAUGUGGCCAGUUUUGAUUUGUCGGAGACAGCGACGCCUCCCCGGCACAACCAGGCAGGCUUCACCACACUCUUGCAAGAGCGGUCGACUUACGAUUCAAUGGGUUACACAGUCAACGCUCCCACUGCCAUCUCAGGCCAUGACAGGAACUGUGCUCAGUUUGGUCCUGGAGGUGUCACCUCCCUGACUCCUAUCAACUCAUCCAAACCAACUCAGGCAUCCACUGGGAGGCGGAGGAGAAGAGAGAGAGGAGAACCAUCUCCUUUGUGUGACAGGACUUGCUCCUCCUUUUUGGACAAUAUCUCAAACUCUCCCAAGAAGACGCCCACAAAGUCACUGCCAUUUACACCCUCACGAUUCUGUAACAUAUCAGGAGCGGAGCAUCUGAAUUUAGAUAACCCUGCCCUCACCUCAACUCCUGUGUGUGGUCAGAGGUGCCUCCUCAACACGCCUCUCCAGAAAGAAACCACACCGAAGCACCAGAAAGAGAAUGAUGGUUCCAGGACUCCUAAAUUCCAUAAAACCAUCAUGAUUCCAACACCAAGGACACCAACACCCUUCAAAAAUGCUUUGGCUGCCCAGGAGAAAAUGCACGGCCCUCUGAAGAUGGAGCCACAGCCUUUGGCAUUUCUAGAAGAAGACAUUCGAGAAGUCCUGAAGCAGGAAACUGGAACAGACAUCUUUAACAGAGCCGACAUCCAACCAGACUACAGAGCCUGGAAACAGAAUAUGGAUGGUCCAGCCAGAAAAGUGCGCAAGUCUCUUGUGCUAGACCCGUGGGAGAAACACAGCCUCAAUGUGCAACUCUUCCAAGAGCAGCUCAAUGAUGCGCAGGUUACAGAUGAAAGUCUGAUAACAAGCUCUUCGCUGGUCACCCCGAUCCCUGAGCAAGAAGAGAGUAGCAUCUCUUUGACUACACUGAAAGAGGAGUCCUCAUUAGGCGUCUCCAUUCAUCCUCAACGCUUUACCAGCCCUCGGGUGAAGAAGCUUCCUUCCUCCCACAAAGCACCCAAACACACCACCACACAGGUGAGUGAGUGGGAAGCAGUGGUUUAUGGGAAGACAGAGGACCAGCUGAUCAUGACAGAACAGGCUCGUCAGUACCUGAAUCCCUACCCGUCGUCCGGCUCUACCUCAAGGGCCCUCGUGCUUUAACGCCGUCCCCCGUGUCCCGCUACGCAGGCAGCACUACAUCUGUCCGUCAUCUGAAGCCUCCACUGAAUCCUGUAAGAGACAAUCCAGUGAAGACUAAUGAUUUUAUUUCUCUUUUGAAGCAGGAAUGCACUGCCAAGGACGUCCACACAGAGGCAUGGCUGCUGCUAUUGUCACUGCCCUUGUUCAGAGAAGUUGUCUGUUGGGCCUGUAUUUUAUUUUUGAAAGAACGCAACCCAACUACAUGAGCAGUUUUGUACAAACACUAAAAGGCUAGUUAUUUUUCUGCACCAGUCUGUAGUGUUGAAUCAACCUGCACAUACAGUACGCUAUAGAAAUAGUAUUACUAGCAGUGGCUGCUUCGAAGUUUUAUAUCGUUAAUAUAUUGUUUAAAUGACAAGAAAGACAUUUUAUGAUGUAACGCUACUUAUUGUGUAUCUCCUCCAGCUUGUCUUGCUGAACUGCCCCAUUGCUGUUAUCUGAUAAAAACCACGUACAUGCAACUUUUGUAGCUUUUUACUGACACCCAUGUGCUUUUAAAAUCACACCAUGGGUUUUAACCAGACACAUACCUUACCGAAUAUAAUGUUAACCAUUGCUUUCAAAUUCAAGUAACAAAAAAUGCAGUUGUGUGGUUUCUUGUGACAGCAGUAUUGCGUUGCUGAGAACGCCUAUCCGCGGUGAUGUGAAGUUUUGAUGAUGGAAAAAAAGAAGCUGUCAGUAUUGCACUACUGAGUUGAUUUUGCUGCUGAGAAAGGAGCAGUGUUUUAAAGGGCAAACUGGAUAGCACUUGUGAUAGUAUCUUUUUUUUUUUUAACAACACAGCGUUUCCUUUCCAAGGCCAUAGCGUCCGUGGCGACAUCAGUUGAAUGUAUUUCAUUGCAAUGUACACGUGUCAGAACCUCAAAAAUGGAAGGGUACCUUAAUGUUUAUUUCUGUUUGUUUUAUUUAUUAUCUGACAGCUCUAAAGCUUAGAUAUUAAUAUAAAUCGGACACCGUGAGUUUUUAAGAAGUUUAACUUUGCUGACAAAACAGCCUAAAAACUCUCACUUGCUCUAAAGCAGUUCAGUCUGUAUUAAAAGAAGACAUGGUCACCAUUGCUUUUUGGUCAGAUGUUUCAGUGUGUGACGAUUGAUGCUGACAUUUUCAUAUCAUUAGCGUACAACAACAAGCAUUUGGUUCAGAAGGAUUUACUUUUUAUGUGAAGGCUGUAGGUUUUAUUUAUUUAAUGUCUACUAAUUUAUUUAUUUCUAAAAAAAAAUUUAAGAGAAAUUAUUGAAGAAUUAUAUUGUCUUUUCUCUUUCAAAAUCAUGAUUGGGCUACCAUUCAGUUUCAUUUCUCCAAGUUAGAAGAACAUGCACUGCCACUAAUUUAAUGUUAAUUUGUUUUCCUGAUGAGGCAAGAUCUAGCAAAUAAUCAUUGUGUAGUUGUAUGUGUGAUCUUGUAACAAAUAGAUAGGAGUUUUUGUUUUUUAACUUUAAUUCAAAUGUGUUCUUCGCUGUUAGGUAGCAGGACUCCAUCUCCGACCUCUAAUCAUAGACAAAUUGCACUUUUUACUCAUCGUUUAAAUUUUAAACGUUUGUUCAUUCUCAUGAUGUAGCUCUUGUCCUUACUUGUGUGUUUGCGUGUGUGUUCCUCCAUUUUGUAAUGAAUGCUGACAUUAAGUUCAUGCUGCUUGAUUUUUUAACAUGUUCUUUUCUCCUGUUUGGCUGCAGAAAGGUGUACUUAACAUACACUACAUGAACACUUUGGAUCUUUAAAGACAGAUGGCUGUGGGUAAAAACACAGCCAACACAGAUUCAUUAUUAGAAGAUCUACAUUUGAUCGCUGCAGCAGCCACUGUCUCCAUAUAUCCUGCUGAAAAUGCCAUUGAGCAAUAUCCCAAAUCCUUACCUGCUCCCUUAUUCUUAGAUAUGCUGCAUAAGAACAAAAUACCUACAUUUUGAUGUAAAUACGUGUGAAUUUGGGUGUGAUUCUGAAAGACAGAAAGUCUUGGCUAGUGCUUCCAUGGUAACAGAAUGAUUCAUGACACAAACUUUCUGUAAUCUGGUGAGUUAACACUACAGCUAUAAAUGGUCUUCUUGUAUUACUGCAUCCAGUUUUAGUUAUAAUCUGGAUUAUCCCGCAUUGAGCAUUUGAGUGAGAAUAAGAAGGGAAUCUUGUAAGGGAGAUCAAGUGGAAAGAUCGAGAGAAUAUGGUAUGUGACAGAAACCUGACUAACAUACAUAUAGGUCAUUUGUAUUUGAAUCUGGUGGUUGAGAUGUGUCUAAUCUGUGUACAUUUGUGUCAUAUGUUCUGUUCUGUUUGAUGGUUUGACUUGUGUUUGUACAUUCCAUUUGUUAAGUCCAACAUAAUAUAUGUAUUUAACAACACUUGGCCAUGUAACAUCAUAGGUUUUGAGGGAAUUAAGUACAUUUACAGGAUAGUAGCAGCUACCAUAUACUACUAUAGUUAUGCAUGAGCAAUACACAGGACGCCGGACUUUGCUUUCAUAUACAGGGUGAAUCACAGAUGUAACACUUGCGCUCUCUUAUGUAGCAUUUGCAGUUGAAAUCAUAACCAAGGUACCAUAGAAAUCCUGCCAGCUGUCUUUGUAACCAUGUACUUAAUUUGGAAAAAUAAAUGCAUUUAUUGCAUGA